GUCGACGUGAGCAAGCGGUUCGUUGCAAGACGAGAUAAAAAUGUCACUUAUUGUGCAUCAGCUAACGUUAUCUAUGCUACCUAGCUAACGAGAUGACAGCUAGCUUAACUGCUAGUUCGCUGUCGUCAACUUCCUCGGCUAAGUUGUCAGAAACUUCUGGAAACGCGUGGCUAGCUCGGCUUCUGCUCACCAAAAUACAACAUUACUGCUGUGGCGAACCCGUAAACGGUAUUCCACAAAUGACUGAGCAAGAAGUAACCAUGGACUCCUCUGAUGACCAUGCCAGUGCGCCGUCAGUGAAGAAGAGUGGCCGGGCGUCGUUGCUGGACAGCGGAGAGGACUUCGAGGUUUUAGAUGAAGAAGACAUCGACGACGACCCUCCUCCUCUGGAAGAUGCCGGGGGUGGGAAAGGGAGAACCACCGAUGAGUCUGAAUAUAAAAAUGCAGACUCGGAUUCAGACACUCCAGGGCCGGUGGAGGAAUGGCUGGAUGUAUUAGGUAAUGACCAUCUGAAGAAAAAGGUCCUGGAGUCUGGGGAAGGGAGGGACAGUCGGCCACAGAAAGGACAGAAUGUAAAGAUUAAUCUUAAAACAUACCUGGCGGACGGGACACUUGUGGAAGAGCAGCCUGACCUCUCUUUCACUCUCGGAGACGGAGAUGUCAUCCAGGCUCUGGAUCUAACAGUGCAACUCAUGGACAUGGGAGAGAAGGCCCUCGUCCAGGCCAAUGCAAAAUAUGCAUAUGGUGUCCGGGGGAGUCUUGAGCCUGAGGUUCCGCCCAACUCUGAGCUAUCUCUAGAAGUGGAACUGCUGAAAGCUACUGAUGCCCCAGACCUGGAGCUGUUGCCCCCUCCAGAAAAGAUCAGCCUGUCCAGCCUUAAGAGAGAAAGAGGCAACGUUCAUUAUCAGCGUGGGGACUAUGCUUUUGCAGUGAAUUCGUACAGCAUUGCCCUGCAGAUAACAGAAUCUAGUUCUAAAGUUGACAUUAGUCCAGAGGAGGAAAACGAACUGAUGGAUGUCAGAGUGAAGUGUUUAAACAACAUGGCUGCUUCUCAGCUGAAACUGGACCACUAUGACGCCGCACUCAAAUCUUGCGUCUCAGCACUGGAACACCAGCCAGACAACAUAAAAGCACUUUUCCGAAUGGGCAAGGUACUAGCCUUGCAAGGUGAAUAUUCAGAAGCCAUUCAAACGUUGAGGAAGGCGCUGAAGUUGGAAACAAGCAACAAGACUAUCCACGCAGAGCUCUCCAAGCUGGUGAAGAAGAACUCUGAGCUGAGAGGAGCUGAGCAGGCCAUGUACAAGAAGAUGCUGGGUAACCCCGGCAGCAGUGGCGGCGGCUCUCAGAAGCUCCGGGCCAAGUCGACAUGGGCCCUCAGCUGGAAAUGGCUGUUCGGUGCCACUGCGGUAGCCAUUGGAGGUGUAGCAUUAUCCGUUGUCAUAGCUGCUAGAAAUUGAACCACGCCGGUGAUGAGCUUGACAAAAACCCCUGAAAUGUGAGCCUCAACUCAGAAGCACAUCUGGCAGUGCCUUCUGACCUUCGGUCAAGGGUCGGUCUGUUGCCUCGUCACUGUCACUCACCUUUCUCUGCUAUGUUUGAGAACUAUAUUUGGCAAAUAUUUUAACAUCAAUAUUUACAUAUGGGCGCUGUAUCUCCAACAUUAUAAAUGUGUAGGUUUAUGCAUAUCCGUCAUGUUGCCAGACACUGUUUUUCCUUUUGCUGCCAUUGUUUUGCGUCGUUCGGAGUUAAAGCUGAAAUUUAGUUGAGCAUCGAAAAUGUAAAAUAAUUUACCAUAGGUUCAGAUGAGAGCUAUUUACGUAUAUUUUUCCUAAUUAAGAAUAGCUUUUGUGAUAUGGUCCUUUUUGUUACGCUAUAGUUUUAAAGCGUCAUAAUGGGCAGCUUAAUUAAUAAUUCCUAUUUUAAGAGAAUGUGAUUUCACUUUGUUUUAAUUAUGGUACAAUGUUUCAUAUAUGUCGACUGGUGUAAUGCAGAUGCUCAAUUAUUCGAGGUCCACAGCUUGGCACAAAAGGAGCAGAAGAAUCCAGACGGCUGCACGGUCAAAUGCAAAUCUUCUGUUGUGGAAGUCGAUUGUUGUGCUGAGUCAGUUCAAUGGUGCGUAGUGAGGCUGGAGUUUGUUGUGAUAUUAUUCUGAAAGGUGUUCCUUAAAUUGUAUCCACCUAAUUCUUUUUUUAUAUGUCCGUAGAGGAGAAAACACAUAAUGAACACCUCACAAAAUAAUGCAGUUAACUAAAAUACAAGAAACUGUUGCCUGCCCCCCCCCCCCCCAUCUGACACUGUCAACUGCAAUAUCAAUAAUAACAUGAAUCAACAUUAAUGCCGGGGGUUUAUAUAUUCUUGGUCACAAUGUAUACAUAUAUUUAAGAAGUGGAUGUCCAAUAUGUGUUAAAUUACAAUGUUUUUGUUAAUAGAGAUGCACUUAUUACAUUUGAAACACGAACAGAUAAUGGUACGUCGUUUCUGAGAGAUGUGGCUAUGGAGGACAGUUUAUUUUUAUUAUUCAAUUCCAGUCAAUUAUACCUCACUUUUUGAUGAUUAAGACCAAAUGUUGAAGGCUGACACUUCAAGUAAAAUGUGUGUCUGUGUAUGUAUUGAUUUAUUUUUGUUAGUUCCCUCCAUGUUUUGCCUGUGAAGUAUUUCCAGAAAUGACGUUUAAGUGUUUAUUCCACUGUUAUGUCAUUGUUUUCUUACCUACAGUUAAUGAAUAUGUGGCCUCUUCAGAAUAGAUUGUCUUCCUACGGAGCCAAACGUUCUAAAAAUGUACACAGUUGGUGGCAAAUGAGGUGGUCAAGGAAGUUCCCAGCGUUCCCUGUAUUUGUUAAUUUUAUAUUUAUCACAAUAAAAUGUGUCUCAUCAA